AUGACGGCCUUCCCUGGUCCAGUACCCUUCAAUGCCGUCUUAUCAGGUAUCAAUGCCCCAGGGUCUCAGAACAUGCCUCCACAUCAGCAGGCAUGUCAACAGCCAAUGAUGAUCCAGAGCCAUCAAGCCAAGCUCCCAUGGCCAUACUCCUCUGAGCUGAAAGUGACCUCCAGACUGCCCCUACUAACAGACUCCUCUGAGCUGAAAUCCAUCGAUGGGUUUCUUACCUCCUGCUGGGGCAGAGCAGAUGCAGUUUCCCGGGCUUAUCCUCCGUGUGGAACCCAGCAGCUACCAGGACAGCAGUGCUCAGGUGUGCUCCCCAGUCCUCACAGUGGUGGUAUGGUGAUGAUGCAGCUGACCCUGCCCCCUAACCACCAGCCCAGAGCCCACUCCCCUCCACAGUGGAAACACAACAGAUACUACAGUCUGGAUCACACACGCAGCCAGAGGUCCUCAGAACAACUAAACAACUCACAGAACAGUCCCCAGCUGGGCCCCAGCACGCCUCCAGCACAGCCCCAAGCUCCAACCCACCAACUCACCUCCAUAAAGAACCUCCGCUCGGCCGGCCUCACCCCCAUCCCCAUAAUGGCCCAGUUCCCCAGACCCUUCGGAGGGCAGGCAGUGGACGGCAGAUACCCAUUGCUGGGUCAACCCCUCCAGUACAACCCUGCCAUCAGGCCUCCGCUGAUCCAUGGCACACACCACAUGAUCCCCAACCACCACCACGGCCCAAUGGGAAUCCGGCAUCAUGGGGGGCGAGGGAGGAGACCACCACCUAGGAAGUCAUUAUCAUCAGAUCUUAGUGUAGGUGACCCAGGUAAUAGAGAGGAGAGACCGUGACCCAGGGACGGGCGAGGAGAGACCUUAGGCAGGGAGAGAGCCUACCUGUUCAUGGUGGUUUGAUCAAUAGGACUGUGACGUUCCCGGUUGUAAGAGGCCUCCCGUGGUAUUUUUUACUAUUUUACCUUUAGUUUACUAGGCAAGUCAGUUAAGAAC